GAUUGUAUAAACAUGGAGAAAGACAGGAUGACAGACAGACAAACACACAGGUACAAUUAAAGACAGUACACUGCACGGAAAACAGAAAUUAAAAUAGGAAGACAAGCUGUCGUGCUGAGAGACGGCUGAACUGCAGACAGAGAUCACAGCAGAGUGAGGGAGAGUGAAAGUCUGGAAGCCAAAGAACAAGAAGGAGGAGGCCAUGUCAAGAGAAAGAGUGGGUGAGCGAGAGACUGAAAGACUGAAACACAGUUGAGGCAAUUGGAUGAGGAAGUAGUGAUGGUGAGUACAUGGGUGUGGUUGCUUAGCAGUUAGCCCAUCAGCCUUUCAGAAGUGACAUACAGAGGAAAGCACUGUGGAUAAUGAGGCCGUGGAUGAAUCUCUGGACUCAGGCACCUCACAGAAUGGAUACUAAGAUGUAUUUGACUUCCUUGACUUUCUUCCUGCUUGUCAUGUUAAAAGUGUCAAGGGCUCAGGCUCCCACAACGGUGGAUCAAAUGCAGUCUGUGAGCAACAUGGCAAACUCAACAAUGCCCGCUGCUCCGACUCCCACUGGAAGAAGAGUGGGAAGCAGAGUCACCAGAGCUGCUGACUCCUCCCCGGAAAGUCUCCCUGCUGAACAAACCACAAGCAAACACAUUAGCACCAGCAACCCAGUCUAUGUCAACACCACCACAUCAGAAAUUAAGAAUUCAACAGCUCUCAAUAAGGGAACAACAAAACCGCAAACAGAGCGCACCCCCCCUCCAGGAUCUACACUGACAUCCUCCCCAUCCAAAACUACGAGAACCACCACAGUUGCCUGGGAUAAAUCUUGGGACAGACAUUUCACCUAUGAUUAUGAGUCACUGCGCUAUGUUGGACUGUCCAUUGCAGCAGUACUUUUCAUUGUGGGCAUCAUGGUUGUUGGCUGUAAGUAUGACUCCGAAAGCCACUUUUGUUACCCCCUGCAAUUAUUGUCAACUGCCCUUCUCACUCUUAAUCUUGUCUCUAACUGUAGGUGGCAGGGUCUGUCGACUGCCUAGCUGUCGCAAGAAGUCAUCUAAAACUUAUCGAGUGGUCCAAGGAUAAGGAGAGAGAGAGCAUGUAUACACUUAUACAUGUACAGAGCUGCAAGAAACCAACCAGGAGUUCAUCAAUGGAAAAACACUCAACCACAACCUGAGAGCAUGUGUGUGAAUCUGGACUGACUGUAUGCUGCUUGGUAACAGUGUCAUAUACUGUAGAAAAACACUGAAUAAACAUAGAAAACAUGAAUCAUUCUGACGAGUGGAAAAAAAUCUAGAACCAUCACACGCUUCAUCUUUGUCAAAUGUCAUUUGUAUACUUGGCAAAACAGCACUUAAAAAGUAAAGGGAUUAUUUAGUUUGGCAAAUAAUGAAGAGAUGAUUCAUAUUUUAAGAACACCUCCGGCCAUGAAGCAGGCUUGUUUCUAAUGACCUUUGUAUCUUAUAACUGAUAACACAGCCGUAGGUAGUGCCUCACAGCCAUUAUUAAAGGUUAUGAAGAAUAACCCAAUAACAUCCCAUAUUUGACAAUCUUGCAACAGUUAUUUUCCAUCUGGAUCUAAAACUGAAGCUGGCUCACUUUCUCUUCCUGAUAGAUACUGCACGCUCUUUACACUUUUAAUCUCAACAAAAAUGUGAUGUUUAGUAAGGGGUGUCUAAGCCUCUUAGUGGCUCUGUGCUUGUAAAUGAGUAAAGCCCCUAGAUUAAACAAGAUCCACUGGCAUUAUCUUUGCAUCCAUAUGGCAUCAAAAUGAUGCAGACAACAAACUGGGAGAAGAAGAACAGAUUUAAUGUCAAAAUCAACAAAGUUCAGCAUACCUACAUAACAUACAGUAGUAUUCACUGUUCCAAUUGCUAUCAGAACAAAAUCAAGGACAGAGCAGAUGUGCAAACAGAAUCAUGAUAUGACUGCAAUUGUUUUCUUGUGAGAUAAAUUGUGUAUUACAUACUGAUAUAUGAUGAAAAAUCAAUGUGAAUGCCCUUGACACAAACAAUAAGCCUACAUACAGUAUGGGUUCAUUUGGAUACACAAGUGCAUACGAUGCAACAUUAAGUCCAAAUUUAAACUUUUUUUUGCUGCAAUAUGACACUAAAAUACAAAUAUUUUACAUAAAAGAGUUUUUGGCAAAUAAUUGACUCCCACCUGCCACAACAUAGUUUUUUCACACAAUUUAUAAAUGAACAGUGGAGAGAAGACAUCACCCCUUAACACAUAAAAAGACCAUUUAGUCAUUUCCAUCAAGAGAUUUAAAGCAAAUAUAUAGGUCAGUAUAUCUGUAAAUACAUACAAUAUAUUAUGUAUUAAAAGCUAGAAUAAUUGUGUAAGGUUGGACAACGCCUUUAGUAUAGUGGCGCUGAAAGCUCUACACACUGCAACUUUAGAAAACACAUGCAACUAGACAAGAUGCAUGCAAAUGUAGAAAACAUCUUGCAUAUGCAUUCAGAAAAAGAACUUGCUGCAGAACAACCAAAUACAGAAACAUGCUGCAAAAACUAUAUAAAUACUAAAUACAGGAAUGCUGCAAGUCGUACAGAACUUGCAUGUAUUUGCAGCACAUUUCUGUAUUUAGUUCGCUUGUGUGCAUUUGCAGUGUGUUUUAUUUUAAAUGCAGCUCAUGUGUUGUCACAAUGAUGAAGAUGUUUUAUUCAUUUGCUUGCGUUUAGUCUCUUUAGUGUGUUUCAGUACAUUGAGCUCUCAGGGACACAGUUCUCUAGCCUGCACAGAAAAAAAGAAUUGCCAAGUUUAAAACAAGGAAAAAAAAGUGUAACAUAUUUCCACAUACUUCCCAUUGAAUAAGAAACAAAAGCUCAACUUUUAUAUUUACAUUACAUUAGUAAUGUUACAGCAGAGAGGCUUUACAGGAGGGAAUCAAUGAGUAGAAUUUGGUCACAUGCAAGGAGCAGGCUGGACCAAAUACUGCAUUUGAGACUACAAAGACAUAACAAACUGAAAUGUUUUGUACUAGAAUUUUUGUCCAAUUGUCCUCCCUUUGAAAUGUUGACAGAUAUUGAAGGUGUUUUGGGCAAUG